CUCUUUUUGAGAGAUGCUGCUCUUUCUCACUUCCCGCAUCAUAAGUGCUGUGGCGGCGUUUCUGUACCCGGGCUACGCGUCGUAUAAGACCCUGAGCCAGCGGCCUGCGUCGGAGGAGGAGCUUGAGCGAUGGCUCAUGUACUGGUCUGUGCUUGGGUGUAUUGUCGCCACUGAAUACAUCGCCGAAUGGCUUAUAUCAUGGAUCCCCUUCUACUACGGCAUCAAGACCAUAUUCCUCCUCUACCUCUCCCUCCCGCAGACGCGCGGCGCGUCCUACAUCUACGAGCAGCACCUCCAGCCCUUCUUCCACACGCACGAGGGCCAGAUCGACGCCGCGAUCGCCUCGUUCCGCGCGCGUGUCUACGCUUUCGCGCAGGACCGCGUCCGCGCGCUCUGGGGCCAGGUCGCCGUCGCCAUGGGCCAGCCGCCGCCGCAGGACCAGCUCGGCGAGAACCCCACCGCCGGCGCCAACACCGGCGCGCCGCCCACCCUGGCGGACCCCGUGUCGGGCCCCGCUGCGCUCAUUGGCUCGCUGUGGAGCUCGUAUGGGCCGAGCAUCGUCGCCUCGGGCGCGGCGCUCCUCACGCAAGCGAAUCGCCCGCCUGCCCCUGCGCCGAGCAGGCCGCCCGCGGCGCCUCGAGGCGGAGCUGCCGGCGGGUCCACGCAAUCGGUGCUCGAGCGCCGAAGGCAAUUGGAGGCCGAAUUGGCAGCACUGCAAGCACGCGGAGAGGACGAGUACGUACCGACGUCGCUGACGCCGGCCGCGGGGAGCUCAUAUUCGCCCAGGGCGGGCGCGAGCAGCCCGGGAUCCGAGGGCUCGAUACGCGAGCGGACGACGUCGAUGUCUAGGGGCUUUGAGGAGGUCGAGGUGCCGAGCGACGUCGAAGGCUACGAUGUGGGGGGCGGGGAAGAGGGCUCCGGUCAACCGAUGCAGCGGCGCUCAAGCUCUUGGUUCGGGUGGGGCGGCGCGAAUGCGGCAGGAUACGAGCGCGUGAAGAGCGAGUAGAGGCUGCUCGUCGCCGAUGAGGAGGAUGAUCUCCUGAAGGGUCAGGAGGACGGACCCGUGGUUGAUGAGCGGGGCUGAGGAUGAACGAGGCUGAGGCUAUGAAGGGCAAACAGGCCGAACCCGGGAGGAGCGGACAGUCCGGGGAUCUGAGGACGAUCCGGAUGAGCUCACGAAAGAGCAGGCGAGCGAUUCUCUUGGACAGAGGAUUGGCAGAGCUCACACAGAGCGGGCGGACCACUGUCAACUGCCAUCUACAGAAAAACGACCCGCCAUAUACAGAAGGACUCACAGGUCAUCUAACUUCGACCUACUUACCCUAUACGUUGUCACGACAUUGCAUUGCAUCUCCCAUGUGUAUAUUAUCACGGAAUGGUCACGGUUUACUCUCUUUCA